AUGAUGGACUUUAAACGUCUUUUCGCAUACCUAGCUGAGAAUCCAAUCAGACCGAUAUUAGAAAAGUUCCACUCAAGUUACGUGAAAAUAGCUAACAGCUAA